AUGACGCGCCCCGUCGAUCAGGUCGUUGCGCACCCCGUUACGUGCAUCGCUGGCGCGUCGCUCGCUCGUCGCCCCACCGGCUCGAGGUCCCGCUGCUACUGCGCUAGCGACGACGAGCUGCGCGAGGGCGCUCGUCGCGCCCCACCGUUACAAGCCCCCCCAGUUCACCUGCGGACCCACGAGCAAGAGAGACAGCGGAUCCGCGGACCCGCCUUCAGAGAGCGAGCCAGCGGACCCGCGAACCUGCCUUCAGCAAGCCCAUCGACGGACCCGCCGACGGGCUCGUCACAGGGCCUGCCGACGGACCCGCCAACGAGAGCGCCAGCAAGCCCGCCUGCGACCCGCCACCUGCACCCGCGCGACCCGUUCUUGCCCCGCUUGCAUCUGCUGCGCCAGCUACUGCCGUUUCGUCCCGUUCCCGCCGCCCCACCCGGAACCCGAUGCCCCACCUCAACUGCCGUUUCGUCCCGUACCCGCACUGACCCUGCCCCUCCCCGUCCCUCCCUCGUCGCGCCUUCCCCCUCUACCGCGCUGCCUAUGCCGUGUUGGGCGGUGGUGGGUGUGGAGGACAGUGGGGGCGGCGGCGGCGGGAAUGGCGGGAGUUGCGGGAGUGGCGGGGUUGGCGGCUCAUGUGGGGAGGUGGGGGAGGCGGGGGGGAAAGGGGUGGUGGGUGGCUGUCAGCAGUGA